UUGUGAGUUACCAUUGUGAAGUGUGAACCCAAUUAAUUCAGAAACAGAAAAAAAGAUUGUUUUUUUUUCACAGGAAGUGUAGAUUCAGUGUAAAAGUGAAUAAAAUAUCAGUACUUUCCUUAGUAGUACUCUUAAUUGUACAAAUAAAUCAUCUGAGGGGCAAUUCUCCAUCUGGGUAGCCCCCAUUUUUGGCUGUAAAACCUUGGUUGUUGUUGUUGUAAGGUUGUAACCCACAUCAACCAAUCAUGCCUUCUGGUGCUAAGAAGAGAAAAGCUGCCAAGAAAAAGUUGCAAAAAGAAGCGCAUAACACUACCAACUACCAUGGGCCUCAUUCUUUAGGGACUGAAAAUGACAAUAAAUCCCAAGAUGAGAGAGAGAGUGAUGGAGGUGAAGGUGAAAGAGAGUCUUCUCAGGAACAUGUUAUGAAUAGUCAUGAAGAGGGUUUAAUGGAAGAAAGCUUGGGUGAACAAAAUGUUGCUGAAUUUUCUAAGGAAGUGAAAUCUGAGGAGGGUUCUAAUGAUGUUGAGGUUAAUGUUGAGGAUGAUAUUUGGGAGACUAAGAAUGGAGAGCAUAAGGGUUCGAAUUCGAGUUCGAGUUCUAGUAGUAGCGGUUCAGAUGACGAGGAGGUUGUGGUUGAGACGGAGCAGGUCCAAAGCUCGCUUCCUGAGACAUCUAUGGAGAAUCCUGUGAUUUCCGAGGUGGUGUAUAGUUCGGUUGAGGAGAGUAUUCCUGUUGAAGAGUCGGUCAAGCAAGUGGUGUCGGUUUCAGAAGAGGUAAAUGCCGAGAAUGAGAGUGCGAGUGUUGAGAAUUCUUUGAGCUCUAAUGUUAUUGAGUCGGAAUCAAAGCAAAACUUUGAUGAGGUUUUACAAUCAUCUGAAGAGAAAGAAAACGUGUCUUCUGGGCUAAAUGAUCAUUUGCAAGAGAAGAUUGAGACGAAGGUGAUUCAAGUUGUGGACGAGAGUUCUGGGGAACUCUCGGGAUCAGUAGACAUUGCACCUAGGGAAGGUGAAAGUUUUCCGCAGUCUUCUAUUGUAACUUCUGUGGAUGCUUGUUGUGAUGAUAACCAUGUGAAGGAAUCAAAGACGCAGAAAUAUGUCGAGGAGCAGCCUUUCGUAUCUUCUGCUCCAUUGCCAGUACGACAAACUUCCUGGAUGAAUUGCUGUGGGCUUUUUGAGGUUCUCUCGGGUGGAGCUGGUAGAUAAUAAUUGAAGCAACAAUUUCAACUUUCAACUUUCAAGCAAUGUAAGGGUAAAAGUGUGGUUACGAGAAAUAGAGAAACAUGGGUUUAUAGGAAACUAUUGAUACAUAGACAUUUUAAGGAUCACCGAGCUUUCCUCAUAGAAUUACUUUCAUAGUGCAAAAUCUCGAAUGCAGUCGUAGUUGCAGUAAAGGUCACAAAACAACGUUUCAUGGUCAAUACAGACGGUGUCGCGGUUAUUAUGGCCUAUAAUGCAUUGUGCGGUCUUAAAGAGGUGAUGGGGCCGAUAUUUUGCAUUAUGAUUGGAUGUACUACAUAAACCUUUUUUCUCGUACUAUUAUAUUGCUUUUGUUGAUAGUCGCUUUAUUUCUUCGAGUUUUCCUAGCACUGUGUUUAUGGUCCUGCACUUACAAAGUGCCUUUGUAUGUUGUUCAAUAUUUCAUUCAAGUACAUACUGAUACUGUAUGGUUUAAAGUAAAGAGUCUGCCUAUAGUAUGCAAGGAUUUUGCCCUAGAUUGGCUUACAUGUUUCUUUGA